AUGACGGCCGACUUGGAAUCCGCCAUCUCCAAAUCCAUAUCGGAAGACGAAGACGGCCACCAUGACCAACAAUCCAGCGAGCCCGAGCACGAGCCCGAGCCUGACCAGACAGCAACUGAACAAGAGACAAAGGACAAUAGCAAUGUCGUCGACUGGGAUGGACCAGACGAUGCCCAAAAUCCGCGGAACUGGCCAGCAUGGAAACGCAUGACCCAAGUCGUCCUCGCCACCAUUUUCUUGCUCACUGCCAACCUCGCCGCGACAAUGUUUGCCCCUGGGGCUGCCGCGCUUGCUAAGGAGUUCCAUAUCACGAGUUCCCCCAUCACCAGUCUCACCGUGUCCAUUUACCUGGCCGGCUUCGCCGUGGGCCCAAUGGUCAUUGCACCGCUCUCCGAACUGUAUGGACGCCUCGUCAUCUACCACACCUGCAAUGUCAUUUACAUUGGCUUCAUCAUCGGAUGUGCGCUGGCCAAAAACACCGGCAUGUUUCUCGUUUUUCGAUUCCUUGCCGGAUGUGCUUCUUCAGGCCCAUUGACAGUUGGCGGAGGAACCGUCGCCGACGUCGUCCCGCCAGCUCAGCGUGGGAGGGUAAUGUCUCUGUUAUUCGCGGGACCACUGCUGGGACCAGUCUUGGGCCCAAUUAUUGGUGGCUUUGUGUCCGAAUCAAUUGGCUGGCGAUGGACUUUUUGGAUCAUCACGAUCCUAGCAGGAGUAUCAUUUACCAUAUCAAUCUUCUUCCUCCGCGAGACCAAUGCCGCCGUGCUGCUCGGAUGGAAAGCUUCUCGGCUCCGGAAAGAAAGUGGCAAUGCUGCUCUGGUUUCGAAGAUGGAUCGAGGCCUGGCUCCCCGCCAGCUAUUCCUCCGCGCCCUUACUCGACCAACAAAGCUUCUCAUCCUGUCGCCAAUCGUGCUGCUCCUUUCCCUCCUGUGCGCGUUCCUUUUCGGCCUCCUCUUCAUGCUGUUCACCACGUUUCCCACCGUGUUUGAGGAACAAUACCACUUCUCCGCCGGCGUUUCGGGCCUGUCAUAUCUCGGGGUUGGAAUUGGAAUGGCCGUCUCUCUCGGGGCCUUUGCCACCGUGAGCGACAAGCUGCAAAAGACACUGGGAGAUUCACCCCGACCUGAAGGACGCCUGAAGCCCAUGAUGUGGGUCAUGCCCGCCGUGCCCGUCGGCAUCUUCUGGUAUGGCUGGGCGGCCGAGAAGCAGACCCAUUGGAUCGUGCCCAUCAUCGGCACCUUCUUCUUUGGAUUCGGCUUUCUCUGGGUCAUCAUGCCAACGCAGCUCUACCUGGUCGAUGCUUUUGGCCCUGAAGCUGCCGCCUCGGCCUUGGCUGCAAACGUCGUUCUCCGACUUCUGUUUGCAGCUUUCCUUCCAUUGGCCGCGCCGUCUUUGUAUGCAGACCUGGGACUCGGCUGGGGGAAUAGCGUCCUAGGGUUUAUAGCCGUGGCUUUUCUUCCACUGCCGCUCUUCUUCUAUCGUUACGGAGGCUGGCUUAGGGAGCGGUUUGCUGUGGAGCUAUAA